UCUCUCCAACAGCCUGUGGACAAAUUCAACUCUGGCUUCCACAAGUCUUUCUGAUUCGAGUCCCCAAUAUCUAAUCCUUUUUUAGACCACAAAAAUUGAGAUAGUAACACCGGAAUCGGGCUCGGAGAGAAGAGUGAUGGAUGGAACUGCUAUGGAUUCUAUCUUGAAGAAACUGGAGCAGCUGAUUAACUUUAAGGACAAUUUGAUUGUAAAUGAAAGGUAUCAAAUUCAGUCUCUUUACAAUCAGCUAAGAUUCCUUGGAGCCAUUCUCAAGGAUGUGGAGGAGAAGCACCAUGAGAACAGCGAAGCUGAAAACCUGGCGAUAAAAAUUAGUGGCGUGGCCUAUGAGACAGGAGAAAUCAUCCACCCUGCUGUUGCCAACUUUGUAAGACUGAGGGAGAGCAACAAGGAUAAGAAAAUUGGUUUUUGCUUAAAUCUCAGUGAUAUCAUGGAACAGAUUAGGCCCAUCGAGGUAGAAGUGAUGCAGUUUUAUGACAAGAUGUAUCAGAUCCAAGUCCUAGAAGCCGGAAAGUCUUCUGAUGGAGACCGCCUGUCUAUGGGGAAUAGAACCAUGGUAGGGGAAGAAAUUAUGGUGGGCUUUGACGAUGAGGUGUUGACUAUAAAAAAGCGACUUGCUGGAGGGAAGAAGCAGCUAGACAUUAUACCAAUUGUUGGGAUGCCUGGACUCGGUAAGACAAUUUUAGCCAGAAAAGUGUACAAUGAUCCUUAUAUCACACACCACUUUCAUAUUCGUGCAUGGACUUAUGUUUCUCAAGUACCCAGAAAAAGAGAAAUGUUAUUGGACAUUUUACAUUUUGUUAAUGUCUUUACCGAGGAAGUUGAAGACAUGAGCAAUGAAAAGUUGGGUGAAAAAUUGCACAAGAAA